GUAAAGAUGGCUAAAAACAAAUCAAAAGGACAGAAGCAGAAAAAUGUCUUUCAAGUAGCCAAUAAAAACGCCAAACCAAAAAAUAAAACAAAGCCUGUUGCAACAAGCCUUAAAAGGAUAAAAGUUGGCAAUAGUGACAAGGUCGACAACAUGAAUAAAGUAUUUACAGAAGUACAAAGGGAAGUCAAGAGCAUAUCGAAAUGCACAGCCCAGGAACCAAGACAGCAGCUUCAGGUCACAAAACCAGCACCUGUCGAAAUCCUCAACAUGGAUGCAACUGCACAACUGUUUUCUCAUUUAUAGAAAUCUUAGAAUAAUACAUUGACGAGUGUUGAUUCUCAGAGACAUAGGAUUUAUUUUAUGCACAUUUGUUCCAAACUUUGGUCCAAUUAAAAAAAAAAUUAAAACAAAUGUGCAAAAAAGAGUCAGU